GAAUUUAUGUGGUUCUGUGUUCAGGGUCUGUGUGCAGGACUCAACAGAGAAGGGAUGGGGAUCUCUGACCAUGUUUUUUGCAUUUAAUAUUUACAGUUAGCAUUUUUCUGCAUGCAAGCAGCAGGUCGAGUUGUUACCUUGUGCAAUAUAAACACAGAUCUGCUCACACAAAUCAUUAAAAGAACCUAAAAAUCAAGCCAAGAAUGCACAUCAGAGAAUGGAAUUGUGGUGGGAGUGCUUGGCACAAAGCAAAAAAGAAAAAAAAAAUAUUUUACACAUAUUCUGUAAAAUUCAUUCAAACAAUGAAUUUACCAAAGAGUGGACUUCGAUGGAUAGAAAUCCAUGCUGCCAGGAUUACCUUGUCAGAGCUUGUCAGAUUGGGAGUCAAAAUUUUGAACAAGAUCCAAGUUGGAUUAUAAAUACUCCAAUGGAGUCCUUCACAGAAAAAUGCACUUGUUUUUGUGGAAUAGUGAAUCCAGAGCUGCCAUCUCAGCCUGUUCUGCCAUCUAGGAAUGCUAAUUCCUUUGGGCCAUGGGACACAGAUCUCAGUCUGAUCAAAAUCCUUCAGGUUUUGACUGCUUCACAUAAGGACCUACACUGAAUAUUCCACCCAAAUCUGGGGUGCCCUGUGGCAGAAGGACAUUGCCAGAAAGAUGGGAAAGAUUGGCACCAUUGCUGGAAACAUGAAAUCAUUGCAAUUGUGAAGAAAGCCAGUUUUAGAUCUGUGCGUCUGAUGAAGAAUGACACCAUGAACUUCCAGAAGUUCCCCUACACCAGCGAGGAUGAAGCCUGGAAAACCUACCUGGAGAACCCCCUGACUGCAGCCACCAAGGCCAUGAUGAGGGUGAACGGGGACGACGACAGCGUGGCCGCCCUCAGCCUCCUCUACGACUACUACAUGGUCCCGAAGGAGAAGAGGAUUCUCCCAGCUGGGAUGAUGGGACGCAAUGACCUGGCAAAGAGCAGGCACUGCCACGGGAUGGAUUAUGAGCCCGAGAUCCCCUCUUUCGAUGGCUCAGCCCAUCUCAUGAAGCUGCUGUCAGAAAACGUCUCCAUGACCCAGGAGUUCUGCGAGCCUCCCAAGAAGAACGGCCUGAGUCUCGAGGGUGUCCCUGCUCCUCACAAGGCAGCCCUGCUCCCUCCAGGCACCAGCAAGCUGGAAGCCACCCCAGACAACUUCCUGGUGCCCCCAGGGGACGUGUAUGACAGCAGCUCCCUGAACUCCCUGUUCGAGAGCCUGCCCAUGGCCCCGGCGCAGCAGCGCUGGCAGCCCGACAGCACCUUCAAGGAGGACCCCCAGGAGACGCUGCUCUUCAGUGACAUCCUCAAACCUCAGCCAGAGCCACCCUGCCCCGAGAGUUACCCCACAGAUGGAGUGAAGAGUGACUUUGAAUACACUCUGGGGUCACCCAAAGCCAUUCACAUAAAAUCUGGGGACUCUCCCAUGGCCUACCUCAACAAAGGACAGUUCUACCCCAUCACACUGCGGACAGCUGGAGACAGCAAAUGUUUGCACUUGUCCUCAAAUAAAGUGAAGAGCGUGGUGAUGAUCGUGUUUGACAACGAGAAGAUCCCCACGGAGCAGCUGAAGUUCUGGAAGCACUGGCACUCCCGGCAGCCCACGGCCAAGCAGAGGGUCAUCGACGUGGCUGACUGCAAGGAGAACUUCAACACGGUGCAGAACAUCGAGGAGCUGGCCUACAACGCCCUGUCCUUUGUGUGGAACAUCCACGAGGAAGCCAAGGUGUUUAUUGGGGUGAACUGCCUGAGCACGGACUUCUCCUCGCAGAAGGGAGUGAAGGGUGUCCCCCUGAACCUGCAGAUCGACACCUACGACUGUGGCAGUGGCAGCAGCCAGCUGGUGCACAGGGCUGUCUGCCAGAUCAAGAUCUUCUGUGACAAGGGAGCAGAGAGGAAAAUGCGGGAUGAUGAAAGGAAGCAGUUCCGAAGGAAAGGAAAAUGCCUGGAUUCCAACAACAAUGGUCUGAAAGGCUGUUUGCUCUCUGGCUUCAGAGGGAAUGAGAUCACCUUCCUGCGGCCCGAGAGCGACCUGGAGACGCAGCCAGUGCUCUUCAUCCCCAACGUGCACUUCUCCACCCCCCAGAGGUGUGGCUCGGUGCUCCCUCCCGCUGUUCCCAACUCUGCAAACAGGCUGCCCCUGAAGCGGAGCGGGGCCUCCUUCACCGACGACUUCGACCCGAUCCCCCCAAAGCACAGCAAGGACGAAGAUCCCCAGAGAGUGCUGCUCUACGUGCGCAGGGAAUCCGAGGAGGUGUUUGAUGCUCUCAUGUUGAAGACCCCGGAUCUGCAGGGCCUCAGGACAGCUAUUUCAGAAAAAUAUGGGCUUCCUGAAGAAAGCAUUUAUAAAGUCUACAAAAAGUGCAAAAGAGGGAUCCUGGUGAACAUGGACAACAACAUCAUCCAGCACUACAGCAACCACAUGGCCUUUCUGCUGGACAUGGUAGAGGCAGAGAACAAGUUCCAGAUCAUCCUCAAAGAGCUCUAAAGAGCUGCAGGCAGCACUUCCUGGGACUUCUCUCCGAGCUGGCACGUGUGACUCCACAGAACUCAGCCCUGUGCCUGCUCUUGUUGCCUUGACUUGAACCCCCACGGCCCUGGGGCCGGGCCACAGAUUGCUGUGAGAUCAUCCUGUGAACGUGGAUCUGUUGAGUUUAUUAUUAUUAUUAUUAUUAUUUUUUAUUAUAUUUUAUUCCCUUCUGGCACGGGGCCGGCCUGAGCUGCUGUUUCAGGGCUGGGCACACAAAGUGACACUGCCAGGCCUGGGCAGAGAGCAGAGCUGGUGGCCUGGCAGUGGCUGAUGCCAGCCCAGGCCUUGGCCUCUCCACAGACCCGGCAGAGCUUUCCCAGCAGGGCUGAGCCCAGCUCUGAGCUCCUCUCUGGCACAGAAUCUCCCAGUCUCACAGCUCCUGCUGAACGGACACUGCCUGCUGAACACCCUCCCUGCCACAUCUCUGACUGUAAAUACCACGGAGGCUCCACAACCCCUGUUUAUACAUUUCUGUGUUGUUCCUUUUGUAUUUUAUAUGUGUAUAAAUAUGCAUUGUUUUAUACUGGACUCAGUAUGGUGACACAGAGCAUUUCAAACACACGCUGCUUCACAUUUCUCCGUGAACUCCUUUUGUAACUGUGUUGUUGGUUGUGUUGUUUUGGAUAUUCUGUAGUAAUAAAGGCUCAAGGACUGAAAAUGAA